AUGUCGUCGAAAGCUCAACAAAAAAUAGAUCUUAACGAUUUGGACCUUAAUCGUAUCUAUACCUUUGAGGAAUUCGAGUAUAUAAACGACCAGCUAAAAUACCAUACCUUUGAAAUUAACGGACAACCUGUUAAUCUUUUCGAACUUGACAAAAACGGAAAGCUAAUACCUAUGCCACAAGCAACUAUUAAUAUGGAAGCUGUUGUCUUAGAAAUUGGCAGGCAACUCGGUAAUUGGAACAUUCAAACUGGUCAGGGAGGUGUCGUCACUUCCUCCCAAGGAGGGUUCAAUUUCCACGUUAGAGGUGGAAGAAUGAUCCGUGCCCCCGAUGUAUCCUUCACUUCGAAAAAUGUAUAUCGUCAUUUGACUCAACAACAACUCUGGACCUUCAAAGGUGAACCCUUUACACCAAUGGUUGUUAUUGAGGUUUCGGAUACUAUCAAGGAUUCGGAUACUAAUAAAAAGAAGAAAGCAUUUGAUGAUUUGGAUGAAAAGUUUAAAUUUGAAUACUUUUCAGUGGGUACCUCAGUACAACUCGGUUGGCUGAUCGACCCUAAAAAUAAAGGAAUUUGGAUAUAUAAAUUGAAUAAAGAGGGAAAGGUUUUUCGCCGCAAACACGUCUGGGGGAGUAUAAAUGGAGGGGAUUUAUUACCAGGAUUUACGUUGGAUAUUGAUCUGAUUGAAAAAGUUAUUUCACAAGAAUCAACACCAACACCAACAGAGACAUCCGAAAGUGAGGACGAAUCACAAAUGAAAUGCUUUAAAUGUGAAGAAACUUUUACUGAUUAUCACUCUUUCUCGAAACACUAUGAAAAAUAUCAUAUACUUAAACUUUGA